GGAGCCAGAAUUUCUUCUAGUUACUCCCAAGAAGAAAGAAUGUCAAAAAUCAAACUUAUUUCAUCUGAUAAUGAAGAGUUUACUGUUGAUCGACCUGUUGCUGAAAAAAGCAUGUUGAUCAACAAUAUGCUGGAAGAUGUUGGUGAACUGAAUGUUCCAAUUCCCUUGCCAAACGUUUCCUCGAAUGUUUUAAGAAAAGUGCUAGAAUGGUGUGAACACCAUAAGAAUGACUUGUACUCCAAUACUGAGGAAGAAAGCGAUAUUCGGCUUAAAAAAUCAACCGAUAUCGAUGAUUGGGACAAGAAGUUUAUGUCGGUUGACCAGGAAAUGCUUUUUGAAAUUAUUUUGGCUAGCAAUUAUCUUGAUAUCAAACCGCUACUCGACACUGGCUGUAAAACAGUAGCAAAUAUGAUCCGUGGAAAAAGCCCUGAAGACAUUCGUAAGACCUUUAAUAUCCCCAAUGACUUUACACCUGAAGAAGAGGAGCAAAUCCGUAAAGAAAACGAAUGGGCCGAGGAUAGGUAACGGGCGUUUAUUUUUUCAUUGUUUUUAUGUGUAUGAUUUUUUUCUCUAAAUAUGCAUUCUCCAUUUGCAAACGCUACUCUGGCAGGUUUCAUAAGCGAUAGUUUUCUUUAAGGAUUUAUGACCUUCAUAGUCCUUUUGCAACCGAGUAAUUGCUAUAAAUGCAUCCGUUUAAGUUUCAUAUAUUUUAUUUAAUGUCUUUACUGUAGGAUUCGUUUUAUCUGAAUCGAGCAAAAGGCGAAUAGGCUCUUCUUUACAAUAUAUUGAUCAUAUCUCUAUAUUUUCCUUAGCUGUCCAAAUCGAUAGCUUAUAUAGCUUAAUACAUGAUCCAAGUACUGUAUUAGCUUGGCGUUGAGAAA